GCUAAUUAAUUCAUGUUUCAACAAAACAAAAUGUUUGCAAAUGCAUGUUUUAACAAAGCAGCUCGGCGUUUUGUUUCGCAUUCCAUCAUCAUUGUUGGUGGGGUCACCAACCAUUUGGAUUCCAUCAUCAAUUAAUAUCCUUAUGUGCAGCAGCAGCAGCCAACGUUUUAAAAAUAGGCGAACCUAUUCAUGCGGACAUCCUAUUAGUCUUAUGUCGCCAUCUCUAAUCUCAAUCAGCGGAAGAAUUUUGGGGCAAUGCGAACAGGCUAUUGGAGUUGUGUUUUUGGAACCGGUUUCGAGUCGACAUCAACUCGUUGUCUCUUCCUCGCAGAUUUUCUAUCGCACCUUAACAAAAACUGGACACCGUUCCGAUCUUAUCGUUCGUAAACUCUGCCAAUUUGACCGCUACACUUCAGGAGCGCAACUCGCUCACCUUCAAAUGUUGUUGCCCUCGAACGUCGUCUCAUGCGCUCCAUAACAAAACAUCCUACGUGACAACCACUUUUU